CAGUGUUGGCUGGAUGGCCGAGGCUGUCAAACCACGACGCUACAAACCCACGAAAGUGGUACCUGAAAAAUGUUCUAAAACCAGAGCACAUGAGGAUAAUGUCCAGGAGGAUACAUCAAUGAGGGAGUUAUUGGUAGAAUAUGGAGACUUUCCACUACCACCACUGGAGACACAAGAUAAUGCAUCUUCGGCUGAUAUUGUUAGCCCAGAGAGAGAGCAGGAUGCGGAACAAAAGUUACUAUCCUCACAUGAAGUCGAUGAAUAUAUACUGGAAAGUGGCAAAGCUUGUGAACAACCUCAAACAUGCAAGAUCGAAAUUUCAAAAGGAGACAUUGGUGAAAAUUCCUUCUCAGAUAAUGAGAAAACAGAGGCAAAGGUGGAAGCAGUCACAGAGUCCUCAUCUUCAGACUUUAUUGCUCUACAGCGGAGGCUAGUUGAGAUAGAACCGUAUUUUAAAUUACAGCAGCAAGUGAAAGAGCUUGUUAUUGAGGACUCUGUAAACAAACAGCAUGAUGAGUUGUCCGACUUUAGUGUCCCUCCAUAUAGUCAGAGUGCCUGUGAAAAAGUGCAGAAUAUUGUGAAUGUGAUGAGUGUUGCCAUCAAUGGUGAUGUAGUGACAGGAGAGUGUGAAAUCAGUGGGGACGCCUUAGCCAGUGCCCCUCUAUUUCAUGAAACAGAAAGUACUUUAGAAAUCGCCACUGAAUCUAGAACUAGUUCUGAUGGUGGAGUUAGCGAUAGUGUUGUAACAAAGCCUUCUGUCAAGCUGAAAGUCCAAUUGACAGAAGAGACAGUUGUUCAACCUAUGACAGAAGUUCAGAUACAUUCUCUUUAUCAAAAUAAUGAACUUGAUGAGAAUGAUAGGUUUAUAGCACACUUCACUGAACAAGAGAGAAACACCCCUCAGUUGGAAUUCUAUGAACUUGUUCUACUGUAUUUGCGUGCAAGAACUAAUUUAAUUGGCAGCCAGAAGGAACUAGCAACUUUCCAAGAAGAAUAUAAGAAGCAAAAAGGAAAUGUAUGGUUGUUUGAGAAACGAACGACAACCGAGGAAGGGGAUUGCGAAGACGGUCGUCUUUUGACAGUCAAGCAUGAAUAUGAAGUAGCUUGCUUCAAAGAGGAAAUAUGUACUCAUGUAUCAAGGCAGUUGAAACAGACAAGAGAGCUUCUUUCAGAUUCUUAUGCUCUCCAUGCUUAUGAAGCUGAAAUGUCUAAGCUUCAGGUAGAAAACUACAUGCAGAAUAUAUUGAGUGAUUGCCCAGAUUUUAUGCAGAUUUCAAAACAUGACAAAAUUGGCACCAGCAGCAGCAGGGACCACAAACCUCAUUUACGUUCCCAUGUGGAGAAACUAUGCACCUGUAUUAGUGUACUUUUUGCAUUUCAGCGACGAGGAACGAAGGACCAGCAGUUUGUUAGAGAUACAAGGCAGUGGCUAACUGACCUGGUUGCUAUACUACUAAGGGUUGCAACUCGCUAUGACCAUUUGUUUAUUCUCAACCAUGUCUUAAGAUGCCCAGCUGGUGUUGGUACCUGGGCUCCAUCGUACAUUCAGAUUGGGGGCCCAUGGACACAAGAAAAUGUUGAUGGAGGAGAGUGUGACAGUGUUGGUGGAGGAAUGUUAGGGUGCUGGCCCCUUGACCACUCCCUUACUGUUCUUUCCACUAUACUUAAUCCAGUUCCUGCCAGGGAAGACUUUCUGCAUCACCUCCAAGAAACUGCACUGCCAAGUGCCAGCGAGGGAGAUCAAAACUGCAGUGAAGAUAAGAUGGCUGAUAAUGUAUGGGUGGUUGUUGACAGCUCUGGGGAAGAGGAGGAAGACCCGGCUCAGCUGUGGGCACUCUUCAGUGAGAAUGAUGUUGUACAGAUCCUAAAUCAAGUUCCCUUUAAAGAAAUCUUUCAACACGUGUUGCUGGUGGAGGAAGAAAAUGGACAACUCCACUACGAUGUGUCACAGACAAGUCACCUGGGCUUUAUGAAGCUCUUCGCAUUUGCUACUUGUCUUAUUGAACUCUUCCACACAGGAUUAACUACAUAUUUCCAGGUGAGGUAUCGUGGUGCAACCAAGCGUAUUUGCCGGCUGCUGCGUCACACCGUUGAAUACGUCACUGAUCACUGGCAGAGCUUCCUGGCUGUACACCAGCACAUUCCAAGUCAGAGCUCUGACAUAACACAAGCAGCAUCUCAGUGGGCUUCAUUACAGGUGGAGUAUGACCAGUUGUUUGAGAAGGCUGUAGAUUGUAUCUUCAGCAGCCCACGUUCAGGAGCUUGGCAAUUCCUGGCUGUCAUCCCUUAUGGCAGUGUCUCUCUCUCCAGAUUGUGGAAGAUUGUUUACAAGCUUCAUACAGGUAUGAGAGAGGAAUCAGGCAGCACUAUCGGUAAAGAGAACAUGAACAAUAGUGAAUGGGCGGAUUUAGUGACACACACUGACACUCGAGGUCAGUUUCAUGAUUGCCUCUUGAAUAUGGAAGAGAAUGAAUCAUUUUACCUCCUCUCUGCGCUGGCAAACAUGACUGUAGCUCGUGAAUCUUCAGAAUGUGAAUUUAUUAAGGUGGUUAUAAAGAACAUAUUUGAGGCAACUUUUGUAAACGAAGGAACACGAGAAGAAUUAAGUCGGAGUGGUCGAGAUCUGCUGGCUACGAUAGCAUCUAAACAUCCAUUAUCGAUGUCAUUUCUGCUAACAGCAACGCAGGGAAAGAUCACAAGUGUAGGUGGUAUGGCACUGUAUUUAUUUCGUGCCUUGCCUCUGGAGAUGUGGGAGCCUGAUAGUGAUGAUGUUACAUGCGUGUCGUACUGGUUGCUCUUCAUGCCAGCUGCCAGUGUGGAGAAUCAGUUGGCACGAAUUAUUCUUGGCAAGCUCAACUGGGGAGAGAAUGAACAGCAAACAAAACUGGUUCUUCCUCAAGAGUUGCAUUGUAAGGUGGCACUGACUGUAUUGGAGGCUCACAUUAAGAUAUGUCGUGAUAUGUAUUCUGGGAGUCUGCUCACAGAAGGCGUAAAGCAGGUUACAUCAGUUAUGUAUUCACCAUCUCCAGAACAGAUGUUUUUUGAUUGGUCAUGGGAGAUGCUCACUUGUCUUCGACUGCACCGUCUGGACCAACCUGAGGCACAAGUCCAGGCUGCUCUGGCCUCUCCCUCAUCACUCCUCAUGGACAUGCCAGAUCCCACUUCAGCAGCUAUAACUCAGGGCUCAUCGAUGAAUAUUGUGAAGCGUGGCAUUAUGGAUAAAAAUCCACUGGCUCUCUACUCUGCCUUGCUCUUAACCACCUGGGGACACUCAUUGCCUGAGUUUUGCGAGCAAGGUAUUGAGUGCAUACAUCAGCUGGUUGCUCAAGGCAGGUACGAGGCUGCUAUAUCUGCUCUGGGACACAUCAUGCCGCUCUUCUUCUCGCAGCCUGAAGACAUCACCACUAGUACACGGUUAAUGUUUGCCAUACAGAAGUGUUUGACAGCAGACCAGACAUACAUUACUAUGGCAAAGAGUCUUGUUGCCUCCACCUUCCCUGGCAAGAUUCUCAGUUCAUUUGCUGCCAUGAUAGUAUAUCACAUAUGUAACUACACUAGGUACAAUCUCACAUCUGGUGCUCUGGCAGUUAAGUUUUGGCUGCAGCUUCUUGUGUGUGUGCCAGAGUGGGUUCAUGACAAUGCAGUGCUCUUCUUACAGGACACCAUCUGUCACCAAGCCUUUACUCACUCUCCUUGCUGGCAAGAAGUUUUGAGAGCAUUCUCAGACGUCAUGAAAAACUCUGAGUAUCAGCAUAGCGCUGGGGGAGGUGUGAUAGGCUUGUUGUCUUGGCUAACUGCUGGGACUACAGCACCAAAUUCCCUGCUUGUGCGUGCUUCUGCCCCACAGUUCCCAUGGUUUACAGUUGCCGUCCUCACACUAGAGACACAGCAAGAAGUAUCCUCAGGGCUCUGGAAGAACCUGCUACUGGAACUGUUUACCAACAAGUCAACUACUCUUGAACAAGCACUGAAGAAAAUAGGAAGUGAUCUAGGCCUUGGUCCAGUGUCUUCCAGUCUACUGAGCAUCUACCGGUGGGGCCAGCAGGUAGUGGACCUUCCAGCUGACCAUCCUGCCUUCCCAGUCACCUUACAGAUGUACCUCACACUACACAUGGCACGUGUUCCUCCACAACCUGGGCAGUAUGAGUGUGGCAGUGUAGUCUCCAGUUUUUAUCAUGGGCUGUUGAAUGCAGCAUUCCUUAGCAAGAUAAAGAAGAAGGUAGCAAGUGCUGUUGAGCACUAUGAGUCUUGCUUAAGCCAAGAACCAGAGGAGGAAGCAGCAGCUCCAGAUCCUCAGCUUGCAGAAACCACGAAGUUAUUACGUGGUAUGCAAGCAUGGCUGGAUGAAAGUCGGCUGUAUGAGCCAGGUGUAUACCUUCCAGCUCUGCCUCCACAUCUACUUCCACAGAAAUUAAUGCAGAUCUUCCAAGGCAACUGGGAGCCCUGGCCUGAAGCUAUCAACCGGAAAACCAUAGAAGAAAGUGCCCAGAAAUUUCUCAGAGUGUGGGAGCAACAUCGCAGUGGGAAAAGCUGCAGUGGCAUCUCAAGUUCUCCUUCUGUAUCUCCCGAGCACCGAAAGAAACUUCAUUUACAGAGGAACAGUGAACAGCGUGAUCCUGGACAGUCCAUCAUUAAGAGACUUGAGACUUAUGAACCUCCACAGCCACCUCCUCCUAUACCACCCAAAAGUCCACUCCACACACCCAGCCUCCAAGACAAGACAUUAGUAGAUCAAGAGGGCCUUCUCUCACUUGUCAAGCGUUACACAGAUUUAGUGGCAGAACAUGCCCAGACUGUAAAUUUGUGGUGCAGCGAAAUGUGUGCUCUUGACUGUGUGUAUAAAGAAUUACUGCCACAGUUAUAUACAAAUGCACCUACGAAAACCAUUCUUGUUGCUGAGUGUAAACCUCCUAAAAUUGGCCGCCAACAGCCUAAGUGUUUAGGACCAGCAAAUAUUGUUAUAGAGUUUUCUGAAGCUCGGUUGAGUGAGAGGGAAAACGCCCGUGUAGAGCAGAAUCGGGAACAGUAUGAAGGAGUAUUACAGCACUGUCAGAAACCACCACCAUUACAACUGUGUCAAGCAGCAGUCAGUUUGGAGGCCAUAAUCACCUCCUUAGUGAAUGGAUUUCGAAGAGCAAGAACAGUAAAUAAUAAGGGUAAAGUAGCAUCGCUGCUAACAAGUGGCCGUCAGCUCUUUUAUCAUAUUGUUCAGCUUACAUCAGAUGACACAAGCUUUUACCCACCAGCCAAGAAGCUCAUCACGUCAUGUGCUCAAGUCUUGGGACAGGAGUUUGUGAGAGGACAUGAAGAUUGCCAGGAAGCUUUGGUAGCUCAAGUUUUUGAAUGGAAUGGACAGCUGGGUGGGCUGCUGGCUCCUCAUUUUACCCCAGCUAUCACUCCCACACACACCUUCCUGAUGCUUUACUCCUCAUUGAGCUCUCAUGCAGUUGUUGCUCCUGACCACACCUUCAUGCUUCUCUCUAAGUUUGACAUCGAGAAUUGGAUUUCAAAUGCUCACCCAAAUAGUAGCGAGUGCAGCGAACUUGUUAAUGCUGUGGAAUCAGCGCUGUCAUCACUUCUUCCACAGCCGCAGGCAAGCCUUCGCAUGGUGCUCGAGCUAUACCGUGUGCACCUUCAGAUUUUGUUGAAUAAUAACUUCCCUGAGCAUUAUAUGGAGGUGCUCAAUGUUCUGCUGCAUAUAUCAUCUACCACUCAGGAGGACUGUGGAGGCGUGAGUACUGGGUUGUGGUAUGACCUGAUAAAUACACUCUCUAUUGGUCUCUGUCACUUCUCACAAGACAUGGAUCGAACAACUGUUAUCCAAACCAUAAGACAUUUUGCUCAGCACCAAAGUCGGCUUGCACAUUCAAUGGUGGAUGACACCCUGAAGAUGCUUUCAAACUACUUUGUGAAUCAGCGUCUUGAGUUUGGCUUGUAUGGGUUGUAUCCUAAAUACCAGCUACACAUCCACCCUAUUGCUGUCUUUCUCAGUCUCAUCUCUCACACAUACAUUGUCACUACCUUCCACACUAGCUGGGGAACUUCUCAAGAAGAAAUUGUGCGAGAUGUUUGGGCAGCAGUGGAAAGCUUGUGGGCAGGAUGGGUGGCACCUCUUGGGGGUCAGGAUCGGCACUCCUUCCCAGCUUGGCUGCGUCAUCUCACCCAUAAUAUUAGGUUACUGCUUCCAUGGGCCCCCAGCGACACUGCAUCAGCUGAUAUAAUGGUUGCUAUGUUCUGUUCUUCACUGGAAUUUAUGCAUGAACAUUUACCAGGUAGUUCAAGUGUGCUAUCUUUAACAUUGGAGUAUUAUAGUGCAACAUAUGCCAUGAGAGAAGUGAAAAGUCAUGUGUUAGUGGCAGUUCACUCCCAUUUAUCUGCUCUUCCUUGGCACCAUUUGUCUCCUUCUCUCCAGGAUACACUCAUCUUCUCUAAGAGGCGUGCUUACACUACAUUUAUAAACUGCAACAUCAACACCCUCCUUCAGAGUGCAGGCACUGUACUUCCCAUCUCCAGGACUCAAGGGGUGGUGGAACAGUACCUACCAGAGUGCCACAGUUUCAUUGGUGGUGUGCUUGUGCAGAUCAACUGGAGCAAGGUACUGCAGGCAGCUCUCACAUCUCACACACCUGCUGACCUCCCUCUCACUCCAGAUAUUCACCACAGAGACCAUAAGCAACAACACAGUCCUGCCAACAUGACAAGCUGCAACCCUUCACAGUCUGCUGCUAAAAUGCACAUGUACCUCCUAAAUCUUCUAGUGAGGAUAUCUAUGGAACCUAGUGUGAGACAGUCACCUUUACUACAGACAUUGCUGCUAGAGGCAGAAAUGUUCUCUUGGUGGCUUAUAGAUGGUGACAGUUUCCAACGUGUUGUUAACUGGUGGGUGAUGAGCUGUGACCCACGCAUAGUUCUUACUCUGCCAGAUCGCAACCCUGUUGAUAUUGCAAUCAUUGGGUUACUUCAUCGUGCAGCAGGCUACACUCCAGAUACUACCUCUUUUCAUCAAGACACGGCUGCCAAACGUGGUCUGCUGGUGCGUGCUCUGGUGCGAUUGCUGACCUCUGCCGCAGCACGACACAAGGCCCUGCUGGCUGCCAAGCCUCAUGUCUUCACUGCCACUAUCAAGGGACUUCACUCACACAUGGAGAACACACUUAUUUCCACUGUGCCUAAAGAUCAGCAGUGGAGUGAGGGAAGUGUGCUGAGUACAGAGGUAUUGGCUGUAGUUAGUGGUGGGGCGUCAUCAGCAGCUCUGCAAGAACUUGGCACUUCAGCCAUAGUAACUUGGCUUAUGGAAGAGCCUCAUCCUUCUCCUGGUUUACUGUUGCCUCUUCUUGCUUCAGCUUCCCGUGCCAUCCUGCACCUUAAUCAUCGAAACCCCAUCCUACAAGCUGGUCUAACUGCUCUCUUCAGACAUGCAGAGUGGUGUGGAUGGGAAGGAGAGAUCACAUGGUCUCGUGUGGUGUCUGUGCUGUCAUUUCCUCUCACCAACCCUUCAGCUAUGUUAAAUCUGGCUGCACAGGAAGGUCAUUUGCUCGUAGUGUAUGCCCACACAUGCUGGAAGAGACGACAGAAUCUUGGGUGUGGAGACAAUCUCUUACUUCUGACUUUUUUUUGUGAAAUGUUCGAAAGUUUAACACUCAAUGCUGAAAUGGAAAUUGGACUUGUUCUUCUGAUAAGUGAAAUCUUGAAGAUAAUAACUGACUCUGUGCAUGAGAAAGGAAUUGUAGAGUCUCUGUGGCAGCAUUCACAAGUUCUCACCUCACAACUAGCAAUUUGGGCUGAGGAUCGAGCAACCACAGGUAUUUUGGCAGCCAUAGGAAUGGGCCGUCAGUCACCACUAUCUGUUGGAGUUCGACUGCUGUGCCGCACUCUUGGGACAUUUUUAAAAUUACAAAUGCCUAGAGAAGGGGUAUUCCGCACACACCCUCUACACACACACAGUGAUAGCGGUGGCAGCCAAAGUAGCACUGGAAGUGACACUUGUACUCUAGAACAGUUACGAAGUCUCCGCAACAAUACAUCAUAUACUGGACUCUCUCACCCUCUCACACAAGCCAUACAGUUUGUAGAGGAGCCAGCCCAUUGUUUGCCAGAUAUUCACACAUUGAUGGGUAGGCUUGUGGCUGACCUGCUGCCUGAUCCUGCCUUGCACCAUCUCACUAUUCCCCUGUAUGCUGCUGCUGUACCAUCUGCACCACCUCAACAAAAUUGUCAAGACCACAUAAAAGAAUCUGAUACUAGUGCUUUGGCUUCCCCUUCUUAGUAGUAUAAAACUGUUUCAGUGAAUAUAAUAUAACCAUGGAGAGGCAGUAAACCAAAAAGGAUCAUAUAAUAUGUGAGAAAUGGGUUAUGUUUAGGUUUGAUUUUAUUGUGUAAUCUAUAAUUAAGCUUGUAAAUAAAAUUGUAUUAAUAUAUAUAUUUAUCAGGGAAUUUUCAAACCUAAUUAUUUAAAGUUUGUACUGAUUACAAACUUGCCUUUUUAUAUCAGGUACAAAAAUGUCUGUGAUAGGCACAAUAAUUUUCUUUUAAUAAUGAAAUCAUUUAUCCUAAUAAUAGAACAGAAAAAUUGAAAGUUAUAUUAUUUACCAGUGCCAUAGUAGAUGGUAAAAAAAAAAAAAUUUCAAUCAAAAUAACUUUUGAUUUUAAGAAAAUUAAUAGCCCUUAUGGCUUAGCGCUUCUUUUUGAUAAUAAUAAUUAAGAAAAUUAAAAUCUUCUUAUGUUGAACACUUAUUAUAUCCUCAUAAUAAAAUUUUAUAUUGAUGCCAAACUAAAAAAUAAUCUCUUUUAUCAUGUUGGGGGACCUUCUGUAUAAUAAUAAUAUAGAAAAUUCUGACCAUGUUCAUAUUAUUAUACAUAAGUGAUAAUUUUUUUUUAGUUUCGAAUCUACUGUGGCAUUGACAAAGAAUAAUAUAAUAGCAAAAUUGAAAGUUAUUAGGAUAAAUUAAGUCCUCAACAUGUUUUGAAUUUUCUUUAUUUUGAAUUAGUUGAAGAAUUACUGUAGCCACAAACUUAUUAGAUAGAUAAAUUUAACACUAAUGAAAUUUUGUUUUGGUGAGCAGAACAUAUCCAAAUAGUUUUCUAUGCUAGACAUUAAAAUAAUUUAUUGACAAACAUACUUCAUAAUAGUUCCAUAUUUGCACAAUUUUUUGGUAUGAGCCAACAAAUGGGAAAAAAAAAAAAAAAAACUUAUUGUUAAUAUUUUAUUUACAAGAGCCUCUAUUAUAAGAUAUGUAGCAAAAGUAUAUGUUAUUUCUUGACAUUUUCCAGUUUUUUUUUUGGUUGUAAUAUAUACCUUUGAUCGUCUACUUGCAGAGCCCAGUCAUGGGCCAAGCUCAUCUAGAUCUGUAAAAUAAAAAAAACAUUAUAAACUCAUGUUCUGACUUCUCAUAGCACUAUCACUGUUUCACCAAUAAUGAUUUAGCACUUUUUGUUAAUAAUUAACCCUUAAACUAUCCAAAGCUAGAUAUACGUUUGCUCAUGUAGCGCUCCAAAAAAAAAAAGUAGACACGUUUGGAGUGUUAUACGAGCAAACUUGGAUCUACGUCUGGACAGUUUAAGGGUUAAGUUAUUACUAUAAUCUUGCCUAAAUGAUGAGAGCACUGUGCACUAAAAAAAAUUUUUUAUUUUUUUUGGUGUGUGUAUAUAGUGUUACAGGAAAUGGAUGCCAUGGGCAUAAGACAAAUUAUAAUUCCUUUAUGAAUACUGCACUCUAAUGUGAAUAAAGAUGUCUUCAAUUUUUUCAA